AUGGCUGGACUUUCUGCUGACCCAGAAACAUUCUCAAAAAACCGUGAGCUUGAAGUCAUCCACUGCAGGUGGGCCAUGCUCGGAGCUCUUGGGUGCGUCUUCCCGGAGCUCUUGGCUCGUAAUGGUGAGGCUGUUUGGUUCAAGGCAGGAUCACAGAUUUUCAGUGAAGGUUACAGAAUUGCAGGUGGACCCUUGGGUGAGGUUGUUGACCCGCUUUACCCUGGUGGUAGCUUUGACCCGUUAGGGCUUGCUGAUGAUCCAGAGGCUUUUGCUGAGUUGAAGGUGAAGGAGAUCAAGAAUGGAAGACUUGCUAUGUUCUCCAUGUUUGGGUUCUUUGUUCAAGCCAUUGUUACAGGAAAGGGACCAUUGGAGAACCUUGCUGAUCCCGUUGCCAACAAUGCUUGGUCUUAUGCCACAAACUUUGUACCCGGAAAGUGA